AUGGAUGCUCUGGCCAGCAGCCCCCUUGGAUGGCUCUGUGCAGGUGUCACCACACUCUUUGGGGUGACCACGCUCUGCACAGCCAAGAGGAGCCCUGUGGGGAGAGCAAACAUGCUGGUCUGGAGCCUCCUGUCUGUGCUGCUGGGGCUGCUGUGCGUGGCCAUGCUGGGUGCUGUAGUGGGGCUGGUGGUGUUUUUUGCCAUGUGCCUCAUCUCUGUGUACUUUGGCAGCAAAGUGCUGCUGCCCGUGGGUGACAAAGCUGUGCUCAUCACAGGAUGUGACAGCGGGAUUGGACAUGCACUGGCUAAAUACCUGGAUAGCUUAGGUUUUGUUGUGUUUGCUGGGGUUUUGAACGAGGAUGGACCUGGAGCUGAGGAACUACAGCAGAGCUGUUCUUGGAGACUCUCUGUCCUGCAGCUGGAUAUAACCAAUGCCACUCAAGUCAAGGAAGCCUAUCUGAAAGUCUCAGAGAAGGUGCAAAAUACAGGACUCUGGGGUGUUGUGAACAAUGCUGGCAUCCUGGGCUUCCCUGCUGAUGGUGAGCUGCUCCCCAUGAGUGCCUACAGGCAGUGCAUGGAGGUGAACUUUUUUGGGGCUGUAAAGGUGUCCAAGACCUUCUUACCAUUACUUCGGAAGUCCCAGGGCAGGCUGGUUAACAUAUCCAGUAUGGCAGGAGGAAUUCCACUACCAAGGUAUGCUGCCUACAGUGCAUCAAAAGCAGCUCUGUCCAUGUUUUCUGGAGUAAUGAGGCAAGAGCUUUCCAAAUGGGGAAUUAAAGUUGCUGCAAUUCAUCCAUCAGGCUUCCAAACAGGUAUACUAGGGACCUCUGACCUGUGGGAUAAGCAAGAAAAGGAGCUGAUGGAGAAUCUCCCAGCAGACACAAGGAGGGCCUAUGGAGAGGACUAUCUCCUGGGGCUGAAGAGCUUCCUCCUGGACUUGCCUGUGCACUGUGCCCCUGACCUCUCCCCCGUGCUCAGCUCUGUCCUGCAUGCCUUGUUGGCUAGGAGACCACAUGGCUUAUACACCCCUGGCAAAGGGGCUUACCUGCUCCUCUGUAUCUUCUGCUGGUCUCCUCUCUGGUUCUAUGACUUCUUCAUUAGUAAGAUGAUGAGUUCUGUGUCUGUCCCAAGGGUGCCAACAACAUCAGAAGAUGAAAGCAAGAACCUGUAA